GCCUUGAAAAUGAGGGUGGUAGGUGGGAAAUAUGAUAACUGCCAAUUUCCAAGAUUGGUGAUGAGAUCCUGGCUGAAUUAAAAUAGAGGCAGAAUCAUAGAAAUAUGAGGCUUGCUUUAAUAUGAGUUCUUGCAUUGAUUGGGAACUGGCUUUAAUUGUCUAAAAGCUUCUUUUAAAUUUAUGGUUCUCCAAACUUCAUCACAUCUGUCACAGACCACUGCAUAAGAUGAUGAGCAUCCUGAUUAGAUCAAGACAGAUAUCGGGUAUGAUUUGACUAAAACAACCAUAUUUUAUUCCAGAUAUAUUUAAAAUAUCUUAAAAUAACAAUGCUACACAAACAGUUCUGUGUAUCCCAUUUUUUAAACACUUAAAAUUUAUCAAAAGGUGAAUUCUUUUCGGUGCCAGCCAACCUUUUCUGUUAUACUAUAGAAAGUAGUGUUGAUUCCACUAACUAGUUUGUCUUAUUCCAUCCUAGACCUCUUCUUUCUUAACACGGCUCUUAAUUUUCUAUUUUUAUUCUGAGACAAUUAAGCACCUUCCUUCUCUAUGCACAAAAAGGGAGAAAACGGGGGUUGGGAGAAAGCAGUGGGGAAACUGACAGAAAGCUGAAGGAAGAACAUGGGAGUUAGAUGGGUGGGAAGACAAGAUGGUUUAAGUACACAGUGUCAUUCUUCAUUAGCUAACAGUCCAGUAGUUAUUGCUGAGAAUAUUAACAUUUGAGUGUGAAGCGGUGAGUCGGACACAUUCCUCCAUCAUAAAGGGGAAUGCUAUUUUUGAGUAGAGGACAGUUGGGCAGCAGAAGAGAUGAGGAAGAAAUCUGUUGGAUUGCUCUGAGGAGUGAUGUGCAUUAAUGGCUAGCAGAUGACUACUGGAAUAGAGAAGUUGAAGACUCACACGAGGACCCAAUCUAUGGAGGUUGAAAACAUGCUGUUUCAUUCAUAAAAUGCAAUGGAUGUACUUCCAGUCAUCGUCUUUCUCUAAGGAAUGGUAAGAAGCAUCACUGAUGAUGACACGCAAAGAAGACAGUUGCCAUCGUUCCUUAUGAAGAAUAGGUUUCUUUUCUCCUAUCCAACCUAUUUUGGUUUUUUCCCCAUCAGCAUUCCCAGUCCUCCUUAUUGAUCUUAAUUGCCAGACUUGUGAGGCACGAAAUGUGCCUAUGAUAGUUUUCUGCAGAAUUGGAGUGCAUUUUGGCUAUUCGAUGAUGGUGGAACUCAUUGAAGAACCAUUCUGGGGCAAUUUCUCAGAUGAAGAAAUUGACUUUCAGGAGCAGAGUUCUCUCACGGGAGUUUUGGGAGCAAUCCUCCUCCUGAUGUGCUUCAUUGGGAUGACAGGAAAUAUCUAUACACUGGUGGUGGCAUUUGGUAGCAUGGCAAUUCGUUCAGCAAGCAGUUUGUGUGUGUAUGUUAUUAACUUGGCCUUGGCAGACUUACUCUACCUUUCCACCAUCCCCUUUGUGGUUUGUACCUAUUUUGCUCAGGACUGGUUCUUUGGAGAUGCAGGAUGCAGAUUUUUGCUUAGCUUGGACUUGCUCACAAUGCAUGCUAGCAUCUUUCUGCUGACGGCCAUGAGCUUGGAGCGUUAUUGGGCAGUGACCAGACCACUAAAGGUUAGGAUUGUUGGGAACAGUUAUCAUAAGGUUGCCAGCCUUGCUGUGUGGCUUCUGUCAUUGUUGCUUACAAUACCAAUGAUGGUCAUGAUCCAGCAGCGGGAAGGUGGAAGCCAUAAACAUAUUUGCUUUCCCACGUGGACACCUGAUGCCUUCCGAGUUUACCUCACAGUUCUCUUUGGCACUAGCAUCCUAACACCUGGCCUUGUCCUAGCCAUAUUGUACUCACGUCUUGCAUGGAGCUAUUGGAUUUCUACAAAAACUAUGCAGCCUCAGGUGAGGGGAAGAAUGUUGAAACAGAAGCUGUUCUCCAGGAUCUUCAGCAUCAUUGUGGCCUAUUGGGCUUGCUUUGUACCAUUCUGGGCCUGGCAGUUAGCCAAAUUGUACUGGUCAAUGGACUUGGAGAUUGGCCCUACUGCUCAGGCUUACCUCAAUUUUGGUGUUACCUGCUUGACCUAUAGCAACAGUUGCAUCAACCCAUUCCUUUAUACUCUGCUAACAAAAAAUUAUCGUGAGUACAUGUCAACUAAGUAUGAGGAAAGACAAGGCAGACAGUAUGCCUUCUUGAGAAGGAGGAGAGAUGCAAAACCUCAAGCAGAAUGUGUAUCUGUAGCACAGGGAGUUGACCAGAUUGAAGAAACAGAAGAUACCCAUUAAUAAUUACCAGUAAUGUCAAAGAUGUCAUUGUUCCUGAGGUUCAUCCUACUCACUUAAGCCAAGAACUUCAACCUUUUGGGCUCCAUGGGCAAACUGAGAAUUUUGAUAGCACAUGAUAGGAACUCAUGCAGACGAGUGAGAAUAUUCCUGCUGACCUCUCUAGACCUUAAGAUUCUCUCAGCCUACAUUUUCCUUACUCUGAGCUGUCAAGCAGACUUCCAAAUUAAGCAUGGGUUGCAGUCACUUCACAUUUUUAUUUUCUAGGAUUGUUCUGAGUCCUAGUAAAUUAUGAUUUGAUUAUUUUUCAGAACCAGUUGGGAAAGGUAAUCAGCAUUAAAGGAGAUAUCCAUGAUAAAUUGGUAACAGUAGGCAUCUUGCUGCAGAUGCUAGAUAAAGAUGUGCAAAAUAUAAUACGUUUUGCUGUCAGUGAUUCAGUCAGGUAGUCAAAGGGGAUGAAUCGUCCUGACACCUAUUGGUCAUUUCAGGCUGAUGUGGGGACACCCUUCCCUUCUGGUCUCUGAGAAGGUUUAGAAAAGAAUACCCACUCUUGAGAAAGAAAUUCAAAAUAACCCUGUCUUGAUUUUGUUUGGCAUAAGUUAUAGUAAACAAAAAUAGGCAGGCUUAGUUUCAAGAUACUGCUAUUAUAUCCUAGAACAAUAAAAAAAAAGCAUUUCUGAAA